UUGCUGAUACAACAACCAGUUGAAAUCAUUUUUAAUAGGUUCAACAAACAUCUUACUAUGACCACACCUAUUGUUUGUCUCAAAUAAAACUUUUGUGAACAAAUCCAUUAAUAAAAGUAACAAGAAGCUGUUUACUUGUGUAGAGUAGCAUUGCUUUCGGGGAAUCAGGCAGUAGGUCACAGUAGGCUAUACUCAUGAUUGUGGUAGAAAUCAUUCGCAUUCGAAGUUAUUUACCUAUCUAAUCCUAAACAUUCCAGUCCAUUCGAUUAACAGACGGAACUCUGUAGCAUUCCAUAGAACUAAGAAUAGGAGGCUCUAGAUUCUAAUAUCACGCGAGUAGGCGCGGCACCGCAGCUCUCCAGCCACCGCUAAGGGAGUUGGUUUUGAAUGUGAGGCCUCAGUUGGUGUAAUAUGGAUGAAGACGGUGCAGCUGUUGGUCGACCAUAUGAAGCGGUCCGGCCUCACUGGUUCCACCGCAAACAUGUGGAUGGACAGGACCAGUGGGUGCCCUUCAGCCAGUACGAUUCAGACAAACUCAACGCCGCUUUUGACGAGUUAACAGAGGAUCAGGAGAUGGUGGUGGCCACAGACAAUGGCCACUAUGACGUGCGGCUGGGGGAGCGCAGCAGGCGAGCGGCCUACUGGCCAGAGGAGCCCAGCGCCGUGCUGAGGGCCACCUGGUUCUACAAGAGCACCAAGGAGCCCCAAUACACACCCUACCCAGAGUCCUUCAGCGAACGCCUGGAGCUGACGUAUAUGGAGGCCAUGCUGCAAGACCAGUGGAGAAAGACAGUGAACUUUCCAACGGGUGAAGUGGUGGUGCUUAUCAGUCCCACGCAAGCCACACAGUGGCCUUCGGGGAUGGCUGUGGAUGAGUGGGCUUCCUCUGACAUGCUGACAAGCACCUACACAGUGGAGAGGGGAAUAGACAAGACUGACUACAAGAUCCCACAGGGAGAGCUAGAGACCGUUGACCACUUGGUGUUUAUGGUGCAUGGGAUUGGACCUGCAUGUGAUUUCCGCUUUCGAAACCUCAUCUCGUGUGUCAAUGGCUUCCGCAACGUGGCAAAAGACCUGGUGGAGACGCACUGCAGAUCAGCCCGGGCCACGGGGCAGAUAGGCCGAGUGGAGUUCCUCCCUGUGGACUGGCACAGCCCCUUACACGGCGACGCCACUGGAGUGGACAAGGUCAUCCACCGCAUCACCCUGCCCAGCAUCGAGCGCCUCCGCACCUUCGCCAACGAGACGCUGCUGGACCUCUUCUUCUACGGCAGCCCCACCUACUGCCAGACCAUCCUGGACACCGUGGCCUCCGAGCUCAACCGCCUCCACGGCCUCUUCUGUUCCCGACACCCCCACUUCCAGGGUCAGGUGUCCUUAGUGGGACACAGCCUAGGCUCUCUCAUUCUGUUUGACCUGCUGACAAACCAGGUGGUUGGACUUGGCCAUCCCAACAUCCCUGAGACUCAGGAUGGCAGACCUGUAGGGCCCAUCAUGGCCCCCAACCCCCAGAGCAGUGGCCUCAAUGCCACAGAGAAUACCGGCACGCCAUCGAGGAGCACCACGGCGUCAUCGAGUAGUGUCACGUCCUCCGAGGCGAUCCAUUCCUCCCACCGCAUGCGUCUGAUGAGCAGCAGUGUUGACAAUGAGAGCUUCAGCUUAGGUGUCGGCCAGGUGUCCAUCCGCUACCCUCAGCUGUCCUUUAACCCCUACAUGCUGUUUGCGCUGGGCUCCCCCAUCGGGAUGUUCCUCACUGUGCGAGGCCUCAGGCAUAUCGACCCAGACUACUCCUUACCCACCUGCAAGGGCUUCUACAACAUCUACCAUCCUCUGGACCCGGUGGCUUACCGCAUCGAGCCUUUGAUCCAAGCCAACACAUGUCUUCCACCUGUCCUCGUCCCACACAUCACCACUAAAAGGGCACAGCAAAUGGGAGGAUUGAGCUCAGACCUGAAGCACAAGAUGACUUCUGCCCUCCUGUACGCCUGGCAGUUCUUCAAUCACACGCCCUCCAGCAGUGGGCAGAGCCAACGGGAUGCAUCACCUCCCAAACACAAAACUGCCUCCUGCUCAUCCCUCCUCCAGUCUGGCAAGACCAAUCGCAGCUCUCCUGGGAUGCUGAAUAGGGGCCGGCGCAUUGACUAUGUCCUGCAGCAGACAGCCAUGGAGAGCAUCAAUGAAUACCUGUUUGCCAUACAGAGCCACUUAUGUUAUUGGGAAUCAGAGGACACAGCUUUGUUACUCCUGCAAGAAAUAUACAAUGAAUCUGGCAUUGUGUUCGAAAAUCUGCCAUAAUCAAUUUCACAGAAAUGAAAGGAAGACAAAAAAAUAAAAAGAACUCUAUGUCUGA